GUUGAAGAGAUGGAAGAGGAUCUAGAGGAUGAGGAUGAAGAGGAUCCUUUAGCGUAGGAGUGUUAAAAAUAUCAUUGCGAGAGGGAUGUUGCAGUUUACAUGGUUACAGCUGUAUGGUUCCCAGGGCAAAAACUGUAAAAGUAUCUGGAUUAAAUGAAAACGGUGAUGAUGUGGAGCUAGUAGCUAAGGACUGGACAGCCAGGAUAAUACAACAUGAAAUGGACCAUCUCAGUGGAAUUAUGAUUACAGAUAAGAUGGAUCCAGGAUCCCUAAGUAUGGAUUACUGGAGCUAUGUGAAUUCAAGACAAGGAGACUUUAAACUAUCCUUCCACGGUAUUAAAAGCGGACCCCGGAAAUGGUUUGCCUCCCCUUUGCUAUGGUUGAAACGAGAUCAAUAGUUUUUAAUUUUUUCAUUUACAAUAAAUUUCUAUUAGUAUUA